AUGGGUUCACCUGAACGCACAAGGAGAUCUGUGAGACAGGAUGUAAAUGAGGAUGUAGAGGUGAACAUUGAUAGUGUCAGGGAGGAUGAUGAGUGGGAUGGUGAUGAUAAGAGAAAACGCCGGUCAAACAAGUCAAGGAAACCUGGAAUUGGAGAAGACGCUGAUGUUUUGGAUGGCAGUGCUAGAAAAAGAAGUGCGGCUGACAGACAUGAGAGUCGAAAGAGAGUGGCUGGUUCGAGCAGAGCUGACAGUGAUCAGGAUGACUAUGAAGCUAGAAGGGAGCGCUCUAAGCAGACGAAGAAAAAAAUAGAAGUAAAUGCCUUGGAAAAAAUGAGCAGUUGGUAUCAAGAUGGAGAAGCAGAGAAUAAACAUGAGAGUGGGGACAAAUCUGGGAGUAGAGGACAUAGUAGAGCUGAUGAAAGGGACAGAAAGAAACCAAAUUCAAAGUACUCAGAUCAUGAUUUUAUUGAAAAGGUUCAAGAAAGAGAUUCUAGACAUUCAGAUAGAAGGGAUAGUGGCAGAGAAAAGGGACAUGAGUCUGCCGAGCAUGGAAGAAACUCUCAGAGAAGAUGGGAUGAGUCCGAUGCAGUUUGUAAAGAUAAGGAAUAUUUAGAAAAAUCUGACGUAAGAAGUGGGAAGUCUUCUGAUCCUAAGCUGGAGAGUGCCAGAGAAAGAAGUGACACCCUGAAAGUUGAGCCAGAAAAUAACAAAUGCAAGGGUUUUGACCCAAUUGAUGAAAAAGGUAUUAAGGCUCAGGACAGAGAGGAGAGAAGAGCUGACUCAGAAAAGUCUAAGAGGGAAAAGUAUGAAGCUUUGGAGGACAUUGAGAUAUGUGCUGCACGUGAAAAUAUAUCAACUAAAGAGAGAUUCGAGGAGAAUAGACAACCAAGAAACUCAAUUAGUCGAGAUGUUGACAGCCAUGAGAGAUCUUUCAUUGCAGAUGAAGACAGUAGCAUGUUGGUGAGAGACAAAAGUAGGAGAGAGGUAGACAGUUCCAAUGUGUCCAGGACACCUGAGAGGAGUGGAAGGCGUCAUUAUGAAUCAGACAAUUUAGACGUGGAUUAUGAAAGAAGUGCUAGUUUCAGGAGGAAAGAACAGGGUAAAGAUAGCUCGUGGGAUGAUAGAUCAAAAGAAAGAGAUGAAAGUUGGGGUGACAAAAGUAGGGAUAGGGAAAACAUUAAAGAUAACUGGAAAAGAAGGCAAGACAAGGAUGCAAGAGAUGGGGAAGUAGCCUACAGCCAGGGAAGAGAUUGGGAAUUUUCGAGGCGUGGACGUGAGAGGAUUGAUGGUGAAAGGCCUCAUGGUCGCAUUGGUGGUAGAAAAGAUGGAAGCAGGACUGAAGCUGUGAAAACCUCAUCAAAGUAUGGGAUAUCAAAUGAUAACUAUGAUGUGAUUGAGAUCCAGACCAAGUCGUUUGAUUAUGGAAGAGAGGAGUCUGGAUCAAUUUUUGCAAGAAGCAGUGAGGUUGUUCUGCAAUCUGACACUAAAUUGGCCCCACACGAUGAAGAGUUUGGUUAUUCAAGAUCGGAAAGGUCAAGAAACACACCUGCAUCUGGAUCCUCUGGUGAAGGCUCAAAAGAAAAAUUCAUGGAUGGUGGCCUUACAAUGCCAGAUUCAUGGAGAGACGACACUGAUUAUCAGGCAGAAAAUUCUAGACUUCAGAGAGGUGUUGGGUUGAAUCAUGGUGCUGCAGGCCAAAGUUCUAGCAGUGGCUCACAACUCCCACUUGGAAAUCCGGAGCCUGGUUCUUUCAGUAGAGGUGCUUUUCAAGGUGUCAGGGGAAGUAGAGUAGGGAGAGGGGGAAGGGGGAGGCCUCCAGGGAGAGACAAUCAGCAGGCUGGUAUUCCAAUACCCUUGAUUGGAUCACCAUUUGGACCACUUGGAAUGCCACUUCCCGGACCUAUGCAAUCUCUAAAUCCAAACAUGCCCCCUGCUCCAGUUCCUCCAAUUUCUCCAGGAGUAUUUAUUCCACCAUUUCAACCUCCUGUUGUUUGGUCUGGUGCUCGAGGUGUUGAGAUGAAUAUGCUUGCAGUUCCACCUGGUCUCCCACCUGUGCCUCCUGGGCCAUCGGGACCUAGAUUUCCCCCUAAUAUCGGAAAUCUACCAAAUCCUGCUUUGUUUUUCAAUUCAUCAGGACCUGGAAGGGGGUCGAUUCCUAACAUGUCUGGCCCAAAUUUUAAUGCUAAUGCUCCAGCAGUCCGUGGGCAACCUCAAGACAAAGCCCUUGGGGGCUGGGUUCCUUCUAGAUCUAAUGGACCUCAUGGCAAAGCUCCUUCUAGAGGAGAGCAGAACGAUUACUCUCAAAAUUUUGUCGACACUGGUAUGCGUCCCCAGAAUUUUAUAAGGGAACUAGAGCUCACUAGUGUCGUGGAGGACUAUCCAAAGCUUCGGGAGCUUAUACAGAAAAAGGAUGAAAUUGUUGCAAAAUCUUCUUCGCCUCCUAUGUAUUAUAAGUGUGAUCUGCGGGAUCAGGUGCUUUCUCCAGAAGUCUUUGCGACCAAGUUUGAUGUCAUACUCAUUGACCCACCUUGGGAGGAAUAUGUUCACCGAGCUCCUGGUGUGACUGAUCACAUGGAGUACUGGACGUUUGAAGAAAUAAUGAAUCUCAAGAUUGAGGCAAUUGCAGACACUCCAUCUUUCAUCUUCCUUUGGGUUGGUGAUGGUGUUGGGCUAGAGCAAGGCAGACAAUGUCUAAAGAAGUGGGGAUUUCGUAGAUGUGAAGAUAUAUGUUGGGUGAAGACAAAUAAAACAAAUGCAACUCCUGGAUUGCGUCACGAUUCUCAUACUCUAUUUCAGCGCUCAAAGGAACAUUGCUUGAUGGGAAUAAAAGGAACUGUACGUCGCAGUACUGACGGUCACAUAAUCCAUGCCAACAUUGACACUGAUGUAAUAAUUGCUGAGGAGCCUCCUUAUGGAUCAACUGCAAAGCCUGAAGAUAUGUAUCGGAUAGUUGAACAUUUUGCUCUUGGACGGAGAAGGCUUGAGCUUUUCGGUGAAGAUCACAACAUUCGUUCUGGCUGGUUGACAGUCGGUAAAGGAUUAUCUUCCUCGAAUUUUAAUUCUGAGGCAUAUAUUAGGAGUUUCAUGGAUAAGGAAGGAAAAAUUUGGCAGGGAGGGGGAGGAAGAAAUCCACCACCAGAGGCACCACACCUUGUCCUUACUACUCCCGAUAUAGAGGCACUUCGUCCGAAGUCACCAAUGAAGAACCAGCUGCAAAUGCAACAACAGCAGUCGGCAUCGAUAACCCUGACAACAGUAAAUUCCAGCAACAAAAAGAAUAGCGGAAAUUCCCCACAGACUCAUAACGCACCAAAUCUAAAUCAAGAGGCCUCGAGCUCUAAUGUCUCGACUCCAGGUCCGUGGACUUCACCAAUACAAACGUUUAAAGGAAGAGAAGGUGCGUAUAUGGGUUCGGAUGAUAGGGUUUUCGAUGUAUACAGUUAUAAUGCACCACCAUUUGGUCCGGCUAAUGGAGACUUUUCAGAUUAUGAUACUCAGAGAGGAAUGAAUAUGUUGUAG